UAAGUAAAUUUAAAGGAAAGCGACAGUGCUGUAAGCGCCAUCGCCGCUAUUAUAACAUAAUUUUCCGCAAACUAGUCCAACUAUCAAAUAUGGGUGGCAAAUACAAGAUUGUUAUGGUGCGCCAUGGCGAGUCCGAGUGGAAUCAGAAAAAUCAAUUCUGCGGCUGGUUUGAUGCCAAUCUCAGCGAAAAGGGCAAGGAGGAGGCUCUAGCUGCUGGCAAGGCUGUCAAGAACGCAGGGCUAGAAUUCGAUGUGGCUCACACUUCGGUUCUGACGCGCGCCCAGGUCACACUGGCCAGCAUACUGCAGGCGAGCGGCCACAAGGAGAUUCCCAUUUAUAAGACCUGGCGCCUGAAUGAACGUCACUAUGGCGGUCUGACUGGCCUGAAUAAGGCUGAGACCGCUGCCAAGUACGGUGAGGCUCAGGUGCAAAUCUGGCGACGCAGCUUUGACACACCACCGCCGCCCAUGGAGCCGGGACAUCCCUACUAUGACACCAUUGUCAAGGAUCCUCGCUAUGCUGAGGGACCUAAGCCCGAGGAGUUCCCCAUGUUUGAGUCGCUGAAGCUGACCAUUGAACGCACACUGCCCUACUGGAACGAUGUCAUCAUUCCACAGAUGAAGGAGGGCAAACGCAUCCUGAUUGCGGCCCACGGCAACAGUCUGCGCGGCAUUGUCAAGCAUUUAGAUAAUCUGUCCGAGGAUGCCAUCAUGGCGCUGAACUUGCCCACCGGCAUACCGUUUGUAUACGAGCUGGAUGAGAACUUCAAGCCCGUUGUAUCCAUGCAGUUCCUGGGUGACGAGGAGACCGUCAAGAAGGCCAUCGAAGCCGUUGCUGCCCAAGGCAAGGCCAAGUAAAUGAAGCUCUUAGUUCGACACAAUAUAAAAGCACAAUUGCUAGAGAUUGUUAAGUCCAGAUAGAAGCUGGAUAUAUCCUCCCGUUCAUUGUUGUGGUUCUCGUAGCAUUAAUUGGUUCUCAUACCCACUCCCCACUACAGUUAAUAAAUAAUUUAUUAUAACACAAA